GACUGGACACACCCACCAAACUGAACAUAUAAACUGGGGAACAGGUGGCGAUUGCUUUUAUCAAAGGAGAAGUUCACACCUCACGGGAACGUCCUGGUCUCAUUUAACAGAGGAUUCUUCUGCUCUCCAGAGUGAACAUGGUGGACUAUAAAGUGACUGUGUUCACCAGCAAUGCCACCACCGCCACUACUUUUAACAAUGUCUUUAUUAAGCUGGUGGGCACGGAUGGGGAGAGCGAACGCAAGUGGCUCAUUGGCUUCAGAGGGGCUACAGCCUUCGUGAAAGGAGCAGUGUCCACUUUUACCGUGUCCUGUCCUGAAUCCAUUGGAAAGCUGAUUCUAAUAGAGGUUGACAAACAGCGUCUCCUGUUGUUCCCAGAGGACUCCUGGUUCCCCGCCAAGGUGGAAGUAGAAUCCCCUGAGGGAGACACCUACACCUUUCCCAUCUACCGCUGGAUCACUGACAGCAAGGUUUACCGCUUCAGAGAGGGAAAAGCUCUGAGAGUCUUUGAAGACAACCAUCACCUUGGCCAACACAGUCGACAGCAGGAGCUGAAGCAACGAGAGGAAGACUAUCGCUGGGAUGUAUAUGCAGCGGGUAUUCCCCACAACAUAAAGGCAGAAAGCCCUCUUGAUCUGCCUUGUGAGGUCCGCUUCUCCUUCACCAAAACAACGGAGUUUCUCUUCACUGCAACCACAGGACUGACCGAGCUGCAACUGAAGGGGCUGGAUGACUGCAAGGAGAGCUGGACUGAUAUCGACAGUAUCGAUCGGGUGUUCUGCUGCAAAACGACUCCCAUAUCAGAAUAUGUGCAGGAUCACUGGAAGGAGGACGCAUUUUUCGGUUACCAGUAUCUGAAUGGAGUUAACCCCAUGUUGAUCAGACGUUGCACCGCCCUGCCCAGUAACUUUCCUGUCACUGAUGGCAUGGUCUCCCUCCGUGGUCAGCGUAGCCUGCAAGAAGAAAUGAAGAGAGGCAACAUAUUCCUGUGCGACUACAAGCGUUUGGAUGGAGUGAAGACGGCCACCAUCAACGGGAAGAAGCAGUACUUGAUGGCGCCCCUCGUGUUGCUCCACAAAACCCCUGAAGAUCAGCUGAUGCCAAUCGCUAUUCAGCUAAAGCAGACUCCAGCAGACGACAAUCCCAUCUUCUUUCCUACUGAUUCUGAGUACGACUGGUUGAUGGCCAAGAUCUUUGUGAGAAGUGCAGAGUUCAGCGAGCAUCAACUCAACGUUCACCUGCUGCGCACUCACCUGCUGGCUGAGGUGUUUGCAGUGUCACUGCUGCGCAACUUACCCAUGGUGCAUCCUCUGUACAAGCUCCUCAUACCUCACACUCGCUACACUCUGCAGAUCAACCUCAUGGCUCGAGAUCGUCUGAUAUCUGAGAAUGGAGUUUUCACAAAGUUUACAGCGUCUGGUGGAGAGGGUAUGUUCACAAUCCUGAAGAGAUCCAUGUCCUCGAUGACCUACAGCUCCCUCUGCAUACCAGAUGACAUUGCUGAGCGUGGACUGGAGGAUGUGCCAAACUUCUACUACAGGGAUGAUGGACUCAGGCUUUGGGAUAUCAUUAACAGGUUUGUGCAGGGAGUGCUCAGCUACUACUACAAGAAUGAUGCUGAGGUCCAUGAAGACCCCGAACUGCAGAAAUGGAUCUUGGAUAUUUAUUCCCAUGGAUUCCUUAGCCAAGGAACCAAUGGAUUCUUUCGGAGAAUCAGCACCCUGGCUGAGUUGAUCAAGUUCGUCACAGUGGUGAUCUUCACCUGCUCAGCACAGCACGCGUCUGUCAACUCUGGACAGUUUGACUAUGGUGGCUGGAUGCCCAACACUCCCGUCUCCCUGCAACGUCCUCCACCAACAACAAAGGGCACAACAAGCGAGGCCACGAUGCUGCAGACAUUACCUGACGUCAACACAACAGCUCAGGGAAUGGCCACCAUGUGGCUCCUGAGCAGGCAGUCCUCUGACUUUGUCCACCUUGGCCGGUACCCGGAGGACCAUUUCAAUGAGGAGAUUCCCUGCAAGUUGAUAAAGGAUUUUCAAGGAGAGCUUCAGGCAUUGAGUGCAGCUAUCAAAGUCAGAAACGAGAGUCUGGAAGUCCCGUACACAUACUUGGACCCAACAGAAGUAGAGAAUAGCGUGGCCAUUUGAUUAUCGGAUAGUGUGAGCUCCUCAGCGAGAAAAGGGAGAAAACUCAAGUUAUUUACUGAAACCAUUGAGUCAAGAAACGACUGCAUGUAAUCUUGAUAUGCUGAUCCAUGAUUUAAAGGUCCAGUUUGUAAGAUUUAUGAGGAUUUAGGGACAGAAAUGGAAUAAAUGACUCAUGAUCAUGUUUUUAUUAAGAAUAUAAUUAUGUAGUGUAAUUACCUGAAAACUAAUAAUGUGAGGAAGAAGAUUCAGAUUCAAACACAAAUAUCUUUUAGAAACAAAAUGUUGAAAUCAGUUGGGUUUUUUUCCUGGGCCUGUGCGGUGUGUUUUGUGUUGUUACCUAGUAUUGAUAAACUGAGCCACAGGUACACCUGAGCACGUUUAUCCUUUACCCUCGCAGAGCUCUAUUAUGUAUCUUUGCGAGAAUCAAUAAAAGGUAUUUAAUAACUAA